AUGAUCCACAGCCUGUUCCUCAUCAAUGCCUCGGGGGACAUUUUCCUGGAGAAGCACUGGAAGAGCGUCGUCAGCCGCUCCGUCUGCGACUACUUCUUUGAAGCGCAGGAGAGGGCCUCGGAGGCUGAGAAUGUGCCGCCAGUGAUCCCCACGCCGCACCACUACCUCCUCAGCGUCUACCGCCACAAGAUCUUCUUCGUGGCCGUUAUCCAGAGCGAGGUGCCGCCUCUCUUCGUCAUCGAGUUCCUGCACCGCGUCGUCGAUACCUUCCAGGAUUAUUUUGGUGUCUGUUCAGAGGUGAUGAUCAAGGACAAUGUUGUGGUAGUUUAUGAGGUGCUGGAGGAGAUGCUGGACAAUGGCUUCCCAUUGGCAACGGAGUCCAAUAUUCUGAAGGAGCUGAUAAAACCUCCGACCAUCCUGCGCACAGUUGUCAACACCAUCACAGGAAGCACUAAUGUGGGUGACCAGCUUCCUACAGGACAGUUAUCAGUGGUGCCCUGGAGACGUACUGGUGUAAAAUACACCAACAAUGAAGCUUACUUUGAUGUGGUUGAGGAGAUAGAUGCAAUCAUUGACAAAUCAGGUUCCACAAUUACUGCUGAGAUCCAAGGAGUGAUUGAUGCCUGUGUCAAGCUGACUGGGAUGCCAGACCUUACCCUCUCCUUUAUGAACCCUCGGCUGCUGGAUGAUGUCAGCUUCCAUCCCUGUGUGCGUUUCAAGCGCUGGGAAUCAGAGAGAAUUCUUUCCUUCAUUCCACCUGAUGGGAAUUUUCGCUUGCUCUCCUACCAUGUCAGUGCUCAGAAUCUGGUGGCAAUUCCUGUCUAUGUCAAACACAACAUCAGCUUCCGUGACAGCAGUUCCCUGGGACGCUUUGAGAUCACAGUGGGGCCAAAGCAGACUAUGGGGAAGACCAUAGAGGGAGUGAUGGUAACUAGCCAGAUGCCCAAAGGUGUCUUAAACAUGACCCUCACCCCCUCUCAGGGAACACAUGUCUUCGACCCUGUUACAAAGUUGCUGUCAUGGGAUGUUGGGAAAAUAAACCCCCAGAAGCUGCCAAGCCUGAAGGGGAGUGUGAGCCUGCAAGCUGGGACUUCAAAACCAGAUGAAAACCCCACCAUUAACCUGCAGUUCAAAAUUCAGCAGCUGGCUAUAUCUGGACUGAAGGUGAACCGCUUGGACAUGUAUGGGGAGAAGUACAAACCCUUCAAGGGCAUAAAAUACAUGACUAAGGCUGGCAAGUUCCAAGUCCGAACCUAGAGGAUCCUGGUAGCAAGGAG